CGAAGCCGCGCCUGAAAGUCGCGCGAAAAUCAUCGAAAACUCGCUGAGAGAGAAGAGGGUCCCUUUCGUUCAGCCGCUUGCCAAACCUUGCCAGACGCAAGGGAGUGGAUCCUGCAGGAGCGGGGCGUGCAGAGCCGGAUUGCUGCUUCUGUGAGGAACAGGGCUCUGCCAUCGAGAACCAAGAGUCAGAGGUAACGACUCGUGCACCAGGAAGCGUGAGGUGGAGCAGCGAGGAGAGCCAUGGACGACCACUCCGACGACCACGACAACGAAAGUGUGGAGGAGGACGAAGAAGAACAGCCACAACAGCAGCAGCAACCUGCUGCCGCCGCCGCCGCCGCCGCUGCUGUUCCCGGAGGAGGCGACGACAACAGCAGCGACGCCGACGGCGGCGGCGUUGACGCUGACAACGUCGACGUCGCCAUCAUUGAACAACCAGGGAACAACCACCACCACGAUGGAAGGCAAGGUGGCGGUGGCGGCGGAGACGACGACGACCACCAGCUGGAGCAAGAAGACGAAGGCGGCGGGGAGGAUUUCGACGACGUGGCCACGGAGAACGGAGGGGGCGACCCCCCCGAUGCCGGGGUCGAUGAGGAGGAUGAGGAAGAGGAGGAGGAGGAGGAGGAGGAGGAGGAGGAGGAGGAAGAAGCAACUCAACAACACCAACACCAAUACGGGGAGGGCAACGGCGGCGGAGGAGGAGGAGGCGUUUAUGACGGCGACGCGGAGGCAGGAAGCGGGGGCAGCUCUCCGCCGCAGCCGCAGCCGCCAGUCGCCGCGGUGUAUAUGGUCGACCAGGGGGGGAACGGCCAGGAGGUCCUCCCCGGGAUGGAGGAGAGGGGGGAGGAGGGGGAAGGCGGAGAGAACGGCCAGUGGCCGGCGGAGCAACAGGGCGAGCUAGGAUACAACGGAGAGGUCGUCCUGCAGCGCCCGUCCGCAUUGUUCGCCCGGCGUGAUUCCUCGGAAGCCGAGCAGGAGGAAGAGGAGGAGGAGGAGGAGGAGGAGGAGGAAGAGGAGGCCGAGGAGGGCAUCGUUGAGCCGAAUGGGGCGGUGAGGAGGUGGUACGGCGGGGUAACCGACAGAAAGGGGUGGGAGUGGAGGCUCAUGAUCAUGCCGAACGGGAACAGCUCUGAGAGUUACGGGAACCUGAGCGUGUUCGUGGAGCACGUGAACAAAGACCACUUGAAAGACCAGGAACCAGGGUUUUCUCGCGAAGUGCGCCUCGGCUUCGCGCUCCUACCCCAGGACCAGAGCCGCGUGUGCAGCUCGGACUCGCUCUGCAAGCCGCCGUUGCGGCACGCGUUCGACUACAAGAACGCCGACUUCGGGUACCCUCGUUGCUGGGCACGGGCGGUGGUGCUGGAUAGGGGGGGGAGGGACGUCUACAUUCGCAACGGCCACAUUCGCAUCAGUACGUUCAUCGAGGAUGUGGCUGACUCGAAGGUGCCGCUGAGCCAUAACAGCAAGAAGGAGACGGGAAUGGUCGGCCUCAAGAACCAGGGGGCUACGUGUUACAUGAACAGCCUGCUCCAGACGCUGUACCACGUCCUCUCGCUUCGCCGAGCGGUGUACGACAUGCCGACGGAGGAGGAAAACAGCGUGACGAGCAUGGCGCUGGCCCUGCAGAGAGUGUUCUACCGCCUCCAGACGAGCAACAAGAGCGUGGGGACCAAGGAGCUCACCAAGUCCUUCGGCUGGGACGCGUAUGACUCCUUCACGCAGCAGGACGUGCAAGAGCUGAACCGUGUCCUUUGCGACCAUCUGGAGGACAAGAUGAAGGGAACGCCAGUGGAGGGCACCAUUCAGAGGCUCUUCGAGGGCACCAUCCGGUCCUACAUCCAGUGCGUGGACGUGGACUUCACCUCGGCGAGGGUGGAGACGUACUACGACAUUCAGUUGGAUGUCAAGGGCUGCAAGGAUAUCCACGAGUCGUUCGCCAAGUACGUCGAGGAAGAAGUUCUGGACGGGGACAACAAGUACGACGCCGGGGAGCAGCACGGCAGGCAGGUGGCCAAGAAAGGGGUGAGGUUCCUCCGCUUCCCGCCUGUGCUGAACGUGCACCUGAAGCGGUUCGAGUACGACAUGACGACCGGGACCAUGGUGAAGGUCAACGACCGCUUCUCCUUCCCGAGGGAGAUGGACAUCGACCAGUACCUGGGGGAGGAGGCCGAGCGGGACCCCCAACGGCCGAAUCGGUACAUCCUUCACUCCGUUCUGGUUCACUCCGGGGACGUCCACGGGGGUCACUACUUUGCCUACAUCAGGCCCGACGGGAGGGUGAAGGGGGGGCAGUGGUGCAAGUUUAACGACGAAGUGGUGACCCAGGUGGACGAGUCGGAGGCGAUAGAGGGCAGCUAUGGCGGGGGGCCCGACGUCCUUGAAGAGCGAUUCAGAGAUACCCACACCUUCUUCCCGAGAGACGUCGAAAGCGACGGCGGUGGUGUCGUUGGCAGGGGAUGGGCGGUCGGCGGGGACAAUACCUCGGCCUACAUGCUGGUCUACGUGAGGGAGUGCGACCUGCCCAAGACUAUGUUGGACCUGACCAACUCCGAGGACAAUGGAAUCCCGCAACGUCUCCGAGAGCGUUUCGUGAAGGAGGAAGAGGACCAGCUUCGUCGCUUCAUCGAGAAGAACGAGGCGCACUUGUACUUCACUAUCAGGGUGGCGAGAGAUCCCGACCUGCAGGGCCUGAGAAUACUCAUGUCGGAGGAGUUCAUCAAGUGGGACAACGCCCUGACGGUGAAGGUCAGGAAGAAGGCGCCGGCGGAGGAGCUGUCGAGAGUGGUGGCGAAGGCCCUGGGCAUCCGGACCGACCGGUGCCGGUUGUGGGUGUGCUGCUCUAGGGAGAACAAGACCUUCCGGCCGGAGUCGGCGUUCCAGGGACCGUUCCUUGCCCACGAGACUGUCGAGAGUGUGUUCAGCAACACGGGUCCGCCGAGAACGAUCGGCGGGGUUGAAAUUUACAGCGUCUUCGCCGACGAGGUGGGAAAAUACGCAGCCGUGGGGGUGACGGACAACCCCCUGAUGGAUGGAACCUACCGCGGGACUGUCGGCACAGACGGGGCUAUCAAGGUUCUUGACAGCAAAGAGCAGUGCAGCGCCGGCGCCGGCGUCAAUAAGGAGGGGAAAGGCAGAGGGGCGGGGCGGGCAGCCGGCGACCGCGGUGUGAGGGAGUCUCACGAUGCCAAGCGGUUACGAUUGGAGAGCGCCGGCAGAGAUAACGGGGCUAGCGGCGUCAAGGAGGGGGGCGGCGGAGGGGAAGAGGCGGAGGAUGAGGGGGGGGUUGGUGUGGAUGGACUCACGGCCGAAGAGCGACGAAAGAAGCUGGAGAAGGAGGACGAGGAUCUACAGGUGGACAAGGUGCGGCUAGGCCAGGCGUAUCCGCUGAUCGACGUGAACGAUGUUCUCAUCUUCCUCAAGCUCUUCGAUCCGAACGGCCUCCCGCUGCCGCACCUGACGUACGUGGGACACACUCUGCUUGCCGGGGAUGCCUCUAGCGAGAUCAUCGCUGAGGAGGCGAUCCGGCUGUCUGGGUUGCCGCCUUCAACGCCGAUUGACUUGUAUGAACAGGUGACGCCGAGGGUGGUAAACAAGGUGCCCCAGGAUAAGACCCUCAGCGAGAACGAGCUACAGCACGGGGACAUAAUCCUCUUCCAGAUACGCCCGGACAAGCAACCGGGCGUUGGCGGCGGAGGUGAAGCAGGCGCCGUCGCUGCCGCCGCUGCUGCCGCCCCCGCCGCCGCUCCCGACGGGGCUGGAGCCGGGGCUGAUGCUGGCGCCGCCGCCGCCGCCGCGGGAGCAAGUGCAGUAGGGCAAGGCGGGGGGGGGGCUGGUUCGGUGGCAUCCCCGGAAGGAGCGGGGGUGGCGGCGGCAGCAGCAGCAGCAGCAGCAGCGGCAGCGGCGGGGCCGCAGAAGGGGGCGGCGGGGGAGGACGUGAAGAGCGGGGCUAGGGUAUGGACCGGGAAGGCGGGGAUAGACCGGGUGCUCUUCGGCGGGAUAUGGCGCGUUCCGGGACACACGGAUACUCCUAAGACGUUCCUGGAGCAGAGGUCGGCUCAGCGGGUGGUGCACUUCAUGGGCAGGACGGAGCGAGACGGGGUCCUGCUUCCCGAGGGGUCGAUGACGGAGGACGGAAGAAUGCCGGGAGUGUCGGUGGAACUCCCUCGGACGGCGUCACACCGAGAGAUAUUGGAAACCCUUUCGAGGCGCCUGGAGUUGGUGGACGACCCCCUGCUGCUAAGGAUCUCGGCGAUGACUACGGGCGGGAAGCCGCAGUCGUUCCCCACCCGGGUCCACAUGUCAGACCUUGACCUCCCGCAGUUCGCUUUGCACAAGAUCCUUGACGUGAACCAGGGCGCACACCACCAUCACACCAUCCUUUUCGAGCUGCUGCCGUUCCCCAUGAACCAGCUGACGGCAGCGACUACCCUGGUGGAGGCCUACUCUUCCGACGCGGUGCUCAAGACUCACUGCCUCGCGAGAAUGGAGGAGGAGCCCUUCAUGAAGCUCGCCAGACGUAGAAAGACCGCUCGCCUAGAAUCGGCGGCAGCAGCGGCUGCGGCAGCAGUGGCAGCCGCGGCGGCGGCGGUAGCUGGUGGUGAGGAUGAGGGCGGCAUGAAAGACGGGGUCAAGGGGGGUGGAGCAAAUGGUGACGGCGCCCCGAAGGGAGGAAAGAAGAGGAAGCUGGGAGAGGGCACCACCGCCGCUGCCGCUGCCGCCGCUGCGGCGGCGUUAUCGUCAACGACGAACGGACACGGCCUCCUCGAGACCAACGCCGCAGCUGGCGUGUUGUCGACAUCAUCUCUGUCGGCAGGGGCUGGUGACGGCGGCGGGGACGGGCUUGGAAUGGACGUAGCAACGUGCGAGGACGUGGUUCUCACCCCCCCCGGCCCGGAAGACCUCCUCGCGACCUACGUCUUGGCGAGGGGGUCGCAAACAAUCCUGGAGACCCUCAAGCAGCUGUCCGACAAGCUCGGGCUGCCCCCGGGGAGCGAGCACCGCCUGAGGCUGCUGGGCAUGGGCACCGGCGAGAUCAACGCCAUCAUCGAGAAGGGCGACGAUGCGAGGAGGUUCUUUGUGGCCAGGUCUAACCACUACGUGUGCGGCCCCGUUAUCAAGGAGCCCAAUGUCGGGUCCGUCCUGCUGGAGAUGGCCGACGAAGAGGAGGUCAAGGCCACCUGCGACUGGGGAAAAAUCCCUCCGCCGGAGGGAGAGCCGGCGCCACCCCCAUGGAUGCCUAUUCAGGUGGUUCUUUUCAGUAUCAAUGUCCAGGGUCAGUGGGCAUCGCUGCACGGCAACCCGUUGGUCACCUUCGCGUGCGCGACCGACGAGAUCGAGGACAUUAUCCAGAGAUACGGCAGACGUCGGGGGCUGGAGGCUCUGGAGUCCGCCGGUCUCCGGCGAGGGAGGUCGGCCGUGAUCGACCAGUUCAAGCCCACCUACAUCGACGAGGAGCGCGAGAAGGAGAGGAAGAGGAAGAAGAACAACAAGGAGCGAGAGCGACCCCCCUCCGCGCAGCAGGAGGAACAAAGGCAAUCGCCGUCGGAGCAGCAGCAGGUGCACCCCUUGCCCUCGGCGCCUCCUUCCUCUCCUACCGACCCGUCAGCGACGCCCGGGAAGGCGGGUGAGGAAGGCUACGGAUGCUCACUCCUGUGGAGAAUUCUCAGCGACAAAUUCCCGCACUACAUCAACCAAGGGUUGGAGGACACCCAGGUGCAAGUACCAAACGGGAAGUUUCCUACCAUCGGCUUCAAGAAGGAAAACCCGAACGAGAGCCGUAGCAACUACCGGAGAGCCGAGCAAGGCAUUCGGAUACGCGGGAGCUGAAGCUGAACGGCAUUGGCUCAGCUGGAGCGAACAAGAUUCAUCAUGAUCGUCUCACCUCGUCACCAGCAGCGGCGGUUGUUGGGCUAUGAAGGAGGCAUGCGGUGCAGAGGAUGGGCAGGGUGCUGUCCUCAUACACUGUAAGAGGGGAGGGGAGAAGAGAGGAGAGGAGAGGGGAGUUUGACAUGAGUCCCGCCGACAUUGUGCGCCGAGAAGACCGAACGAAUGUAGUUCGACGUUGGUGGCUUGUCGUAGGACCGGAAUCGUGGGAGCGGUCGUACACCCACCCUCCUAUCAGACUUUGAUCCCCAGCGAUUGAUCCACAAGCAGGAGAGAGAGUUAUAGAGAGUUGCGAAACCAACGAGGGUGGUCUUGGAAACAUCUAGUCUAGAGUUCGUUUCAUGGCCGGGGUUGUUUUGUACUGUACACCCUCGUGGCUGUGCGCUAUGUGGCGUCACCAGCACCUUCACCAGCGAAGAAAACAUUUUGGUGGCAUGAGAACGACAAGCGUGAAGCGCCGCCGUGGAAACCGAAUUUCCCGCGUCUUUGCCUACCAUUCAUCUUCGCCGAUCGAUCCCUGAACCUUUCAAUACACGCGGUUUGCCCCCCGUCUUGCCGCAGGCUUUUGUCGACUUCUUUUUCUGUGUCGGCUGAGCCCGGUUUUGUCCUCAAUUGUCGAGAACAUGAUUCGAAUCCUUUUCUGAUAUUCACGGGUCUCUCACCGGUUUGGCGCUUGUUCCUGUGCUUGUUUCGGAGGCGUUCGCCCCCACCAGGCCAUGCGGGGCAAUUGGUGCACAUGCCUUCACCGUCUGUGACGAUGGAAGUGCGGCUUUUUUCUUGGUCAGAUGGCUUGGGUUUGAAAUGGAGGUGCUGUAAAGCGUGGCAGUGUGUAGACUAGGUGGUGGUGUCGGUGUGUGUGUCUCAGUUAACUGUCUGGCAUUGCAGGAAGUCCCCUUUGUUGCGCAGGGUUGUACGAGAGUCACUCCCCUCUUCCCAACGAACCUUCACAGGGCGGUAGCAAACAACGCGCGUGGCCGUGGUGCUUGCGAGCGCUUGCGCUGUCAGUCACCGCUGCCAAACAUCGAAGAAGCAAGAACAGCUCGUCGAGGUAACAACCCGUGCUUGGUUUCCUUCCCGAGAGGUUCGAUUUUUUUUUUUUCGUCCUGCUUCGAGCCGCGGAAGGGUGGGUGUAGCACUUGUCCAGCAAACCCACUUCGAUUCGUCGCUUUGCCCUCCUGAGGAGGCAUGGUAUGUGCGCACGUGUGCUCAAGGGGGUGGAGGAUUUCUCUUUGGCUGCAAGGGGAACAGACGUGCGGGACACGUGUAGGCAUCGGUCGUGGCGUGGCGUGUCACACAUGUCCCGAUUUAGCUUGGUUUCAGGGGGCGGCACGGAGAGCGUGCUGCACGGCCCGCUCUCGCUGGCGGCACACCGGUGGGUCCCGCUUACUUUCUAUGUGAACCCCCCACGUGUAGGAAUAUUGAUACCUUUGCAGCUGGCCGCGUGGGCACUCCUCUAUUUAAGGUGUGGCGGUGGAAGGUUGGUUGUGGAGGUCUGCGAAACGAAGUUGAUUAUCCGUCGGAGAGAGAGAGAGACAGAG